UUUGAAAAGAGGAAGGAAGUGGGGCCCUGCGGCGCCCAGCCACCCCCUGACGGCUUCCCCACGGGAGGACGCGAGGCCCCGGCCCAGCCAUGGCCCCCUGGCGCAAAGCUGACAAGGAGCGACACGGCGUGGCCAUAUACAACUUCCAAGGCAGUGGAGCCCCCCAGCUCUCCCUGCAGAUCGGCGAUGUGGUGCGAAUACAGGAGACGUGUGGAGACUGGUAUAGGGGAUACCUCAUAAAGCACAAAAUGUUACAGGGCAUUUUUCCUAAGUCAUUUAUCCACAUCAAGGAAGUGACAGUUGAGAAAAGAAGAAAUACUGAGAACAUCAUUCCUGCAGAAAUUCCUCUGGCACAAGAAGUGACGACGACACUUUGGGAAUGGGGAAGCAUCUGGAAACAACUCUAUGUGGCCAGCAAAAAGGAGCGUUUUCUCCAGGUGCAGUCCAUGAUGUACGAUCUGAUGGAGUGGAGGUCCCAGCUUCUCUCAGGAACCUUACCCAAGGAUGAGCUGAAGGAACUGAAGCAGAAAGUCACGUCCAAAAUUGACUAUGGCAACAAAAUCCUUGAGCUCGAUUUGAUUGUCAGAGAUGAAGACGGAAAUAUCUUGGACCCUGAUAAUACCAGCGUCAUCAGCUUGUUCCAUGCACAUGAGGAAGCAACUGAUAAAAUCACAGAGCGUAUCAAAGAAGAAAUGUCAAAAGUCCAGCCAGAUUAUGGAAUGUAUUCCCGGAUCUCCUCAUCCCCCACCCAUAGCCUCUAUGUGUUUGUGAGAAACUUUGUGUGCAGAAUUGGGGAAGAUGCUGAGCUUUUCAUGUCUCUCUACGACCCCAACAAGCAAACGGUCAUAAGUGAGAACUACCUAGUGCGAUGGGGCAGCCGGGGCUUCCCUAAGGAGAUUGAGAUGCUCAACAAUCUGAAGGUGGUCUUCACGGAUCUUGGAAACAAAGACCUAAACAGGGAUAAAAUUUACUUGAUUUGUCAAAUAGUCCGUGUCGGCAAGAUGGAUCUUAAGGAUACUGGUGCAAAGAAGUGCACACAGGGACUGAGGAGGCCGUUUGGGGUGGCAGUUAUGGAUAUAACAGACAUCAUCAAGGGGAAAGCAGAGAGUGAUGAAGAAAAGCAGCACUUCAUUCCUUUUCACCCGGUUACAGCUGAGAAUGACUUCCUACACAGCCUGCUGGGCAAAGUCAUAGCCUCCAAGGGGGACAGUGGAGGGCAAGGCCUCUGGGUGACCAUGAAGAUGCUGGUGGGUGACAUCAUUCAGAUUCGCAAGGACUAUCCACACCUGGUGGACAGGACCACCGUGGUGGCCAGGAAGCUGGGCUUCCCAGAGAUCAUCAUGCCAGGGGAUGUCAGGAACGACAUCUACAUUACUCUCUUACAAGGUGACUUUGACAAGUACAACAAGACCACACAGAGGAAUGUGGAAGUCAUCAUGUGUGUGUGCACGGAGGACGGCAAAACGCUGCCUAAUGCAAUUUGCGUGGGAGCAGGGGACAAGCCCAUGAAUGAGUAUCGCUCCGUUGUGUACUAUCAAGUCAAACAGCCACGCUGGAUGGAAACAGUCAAGGUGGCUGUCCCUAUUGAAGACAUGCAGAGGAUCCAUCUGCGAUUCAUGUUUCGACAUCGGUCAUCUCUGGAAUCUAAAGAUAAAGGAGAAAAGAACUUUGCCAUGUCCUAUGUGAAGCUGAUGAAAGAAGAUGGGACUACUCUACACGAUGGAUUCCAUGACUUAGUUGUCCUCAAGGGGGACAGCAAGAAGAUGGAGGAUGCCAGCGCAUACCUGACCCUUCCUUCUUAUCGACACCAUGUGGAAAACAAGGGGGCCACGCUGAGCAGGAGCUCCAGCAGUGCUGGGGGGCUUUCGGUCAGCUCCCGGGAUGUGUUCUCCAUUUCCACCCUGGUGUGCUCCACAAAGCUCACUCAGAAUGUGGGCUUGCUGGGUUUGCUGAAGUGGCGUAUGAAGCCUCAACUGCUACAGGAGAAUUUAGAAAAGUUGAAGAUUGUGGAUGGAGAGGAAGUGGUGAAGUUUCUCCAGGAUACUCUGGAUGCCCUCUUCAACAUCAUGAUGGAGCAUUCUCAAAGUGAUGAAUAUGACAUCCUCGUCUUUGAUGCCUUGAUUUACAUAAUAGGACUCAUUGCAGACCGGAAAUUUCAGCAUUUCAACACCGUUCUGGAGGCUUACAUCCAACAGCAUUUCAGUGCAACCUUGGCUUACAAGAAAUUGAUGACAGUGCUGAAGACUUACUUGGAUACCUCCAGCAGAGGGGAGCAAUGUGAGCCAAUCCUAAGAACACUGAAGGCUUUGGAAUAUGUGUUCAAGUUCAUUGUUCGGUCGAGGACAUUAUUUUCACAGCUUUAUGAAGGCAAAGAACAGAUGGAGUUUGAAGAAUCCAUGAGACGGCUCUUUGAAUCCAUCAACAAUCUGAUGAAAAGUCAAUACAAAACUACCAUCCUUUUGCAGGUGGCGGCUUUGAAAUACAUCCCAUCUGUCCUGCAUGAUGUAGAAACGGUCUUUGAUGCGAAGUUACUCAGCCAACUCCUGUAUGAGUUCUACACCUGCAUCCCUCCUGUGAAACUCCAGAAGCAGAAAGUACAGUCUAUGAAUGAGAUAGUCCAGAGCAACCUCUUUAAAAAGCAAGAAUGCCGGGACAUUCUGCUUCCUGUCAUCACCAAAGAGCUGAAGGAGCUGCUGGAGCAGGAUGAUAUGCAACACCAGGUCCUGGAGAAGAAGUACUGCAUUGAAUUGCUCAACAGCAUCUUGGAAGUCCUUAGCUACCAGGAUGUGGCCUUCACCUACCACCACAUCCAGGAGAUCAUGGUCCAGCUGCUGCGGACAGUGAACCGAACAGUCAUCACCAUGGGCCGGGAUCACAUUCUGAUUAGUCACUUUGUGGCAUGUAUGACAGCCAUCUUAAACCAGAUGGGUGACCAGCACUACUCCUUCUACAUUGAGACCUUCCAGACCAGCUCUGAACUUGUGGACUUCUUGAUGGAGACCUUCAUCAUGUUCAAGGACCUCAUUGGAAAGAACGUGUACCCUGGAGACUGGAUGGCCAUGAGCAUGGUUCAAAACAGGGUCUUCCUGAGAGCUAUCAACAAGUUUGCAGAAACCAUGAACCAGAAGUUCCUAGAACACACGAACUUUGAGUUCCAGCUGUGGAACAACUAUUUUCAUCUGGCAGUGGCUUUUAUCACCCAGGAUUCUCUGCAGCUGGAGCAGUUCUCACACGCCAAGUACAACAAAAUCCUGAAUAAGUACGGGGACAUGAGACGGCUAAUUGGCUUCUCCAUCCGUGAUAUGUGGUACAAGCUUGGUCAGAACAAAAUCUUCUUCAUCCCAGGCAUGGUGGGACCUAUAUUAGAGAUGACACUUAUCCCUGAGGCUGAGCUCCGGAAAGCCACCAUACCAAUCUUCUUCGACAUGAUGCUGUGUGAAUAUCAAAGAAGUGGGGAUUUCAAAAAGUUUGAAAACGAAAUCAUCCUGAAGCUGGACCAUGAGGUAGAAGGGGGCCGAGGUGAUGAGCAGUACAUGCAGCUGCUGGAGUCAAUCCUGAUGGAGUGUGCUGCAGAACACCCGACCAUUGCCAAGUCGGUGGAGAACUUCGUGAACCUGGUCAAAGGCCUCCUGGAGAAACUGCUGGAUUACCGGGGUGUGAUGACAGAUGAGAGCAAAGACAACCGAAUGAGCUGCACUGUGAACCUGCUGAAUUUCUACAAAGAUAACAACAGGGAGGAGAUGUACAUAAGGUACCUGUACAAACUCCGUGAUCUUCACCUGGACUGUGACAAUUACACAGAGGCUGCCUACACGCUCCUUCUCCACACCUGGCUUCUCAAGUGGUCGGAUGAGCAGUGUGCAUCACAGGUCAUGCAGACAGGCCAGCAGCAUCCCCAGACCCACCGGCAGCUCAAGGAGACGCUCUAUGAGACCAUCAUAGGCUACUUUGACAAAGGAAAGAUGUGGGAAGAGGCCAUCAGUCUGUGCAAGGAGCUGGCGGAACAGUACGAGAUGGAGAUCUUUGACUAUGAACUGCUCAGCCAGAACCUGAUCCAGCAGGCAAAAUUCUAUGAAAGCAUCAUGAAAAUCCUCAGGCCCAAACCAGACUACUUUGCUGUUGGAUACUAUGGCCAGGGAUUCCCCUCCUUCCUGCGGAACAAAGUGUUCAUCUACCGCGGGAAGGAGUAUGAGCGAAGAGAAGAUUUCCAGAUGCAGCUGAUGACCCAGUUUCCCAAUGCAGAGAAGAUGAACACCACCUCUGCCCCAGGAGAUGAUGUGAAGAAUGCCCCAGGCCAGUAUAUCCAGUGCUUCACUGUCCAGCCUGUCUUGGAUGAACACCCCAGGUUCAAGAAUAAGCCAGUGCCUGACCAGAUUAUAAACUUCUACAAAUCCAACUACGUGCAAAGGUUCCACUACUCCCGGCCCGUGCGCAGGGGGACCGUAGACCCAGAGAAUGAGUUUGCUUCCAUGUGGAUUGAGAGAACCUCCUUCGUGACUGCGUACAAGCUGCCGGGGAUCCUGCGCUGGUUUGAGGUGGUGCACAUGUCGCAGACCACAAUUAGUCCUCUGGAGAAUGCCAUAGAAACCAUGUCCACAGCCAAUGAGAAGAUCCUGAUGAUGAUAAACCAGUACCAGAGUGAUGAGACCCUCCCCAUCAACCCACUCUCCAUGCUCCUGAACGGGAUUGUGGAUCCUGCUGUCAUGGGAGGCUUCGCCAAGUAUGAGAAGGCCUUCUUCACUGAGGAGUAUGUCAGGGACCACCCUGAGGACCAGGACAAGCUGACCCACCUCAAGGACCUGAUUGCAUGGCAGAUCCCCUUCUUGGGAGCUGGGAUUAAGAUCCAUGAGAAAAGGGUGUCAGAUAACUUGCGACCCUUCCAUGACCGGAUGGAGGAAUGUUUCAAGAACCUGAAAAUGAAGGUGGAGAAGGAGUACGGUGUCCGAGAAAUGCCUGACUUUGACGACAGGAGAGUGGGCCGCCCCAGGUCUAUGCUGCGCUCAUACAGACAGAUGUCCAUCAUCUCUCUGGCUUCCAUGAAUUCUGACUGCAGCACCCCCAGCAAGCCCACCUCAGAGAGCUUUGACCUGGAAUUAGCAUCACCCAAGACGCCGAGAGUGGAGCAGGAGGAACCGAUCUCCCCGGGGAGCACCCUGCCUGAGGUCAAGCUGCGGAGGUCCAAGAAGAGGACGAAGAGAAGCAGCGUAGUGUUUGCAGAUGAGAAAGCAGCUGCAGAGUCGGACCUGAAGCGGCUUUCCAGGAAGCAUGAGUUCAUGAGUGACACCAACCUCUCGGAGCACACGGCCAUCCCCCUCAAGGCAUCUGUCCUCUCUCAAAUGAGCUUUGCCAGCCAGUCCAUGCCUACCAUCCCAGCCCUGGCGCUCUCAGUGGCAGGCAUCCAUGGGCUGGAUGAGGCCAACACAUCCCCCCGCCUCAGCCAGACCUUCCUCCAACUCUCAGAUGGUGACAAGAAGACACUCACACGGAAGAAGGUCAAUCAGUUCUUCAAGACGAUGCUGGCCAGCAAAUCGGCUGAAGAAGGCAAACACAUCCCAGACUCGCUGUCCACGGACCUGUGAGCUGCUGCUGACUAGGGCUGCAUGGGAGAGCCAGGGAGGGUUGUUUCUGGAAGAGGGAAGCCAUGCAUGGAACAUCGAAGCCUCAGAGAGUGGGAGACUGUCCCCAUCAGUUGUCCUCACUUAGAGGAGAGAGAGGGGCCAAUCAGGUCCCAGAGCUUGAGUGCUAACAAGCCCAGCAUCCCCUGGGGCUGUGAUCCUGGUGGAUGAGGAAGCCUCAACGUAGAUUCCUGAACUCAAGGUACCAGCAAGAAUGCCUUCUCCCAUUGUGCUCUCCCCAACAUCCUAGGCACAGCUUUCAUAACCCAGUUUCAUAGGUGUAAGAAACUGUUUUUAUUUCAUUUAUUAAGUCUCAGAACUUAACAGAAAAGGAAGCCUUUUAAAUAUUCUUUUUAAUUUUAUUUUAGAUUAACAGUUUUGUACUUUACAUUUUUUUAUACAACCAACCAGUUUCUUUCCUAGCCAAUCAUCUCUGAAGAGUUGCUGUUUCUUACUGACAAUAAAAAAUGUUCUCUUGGUUCGAAUAA